CAGUUCUGUAAAGAAAAAAGGAAACACAACCACACACAGAGCACACGGGCUCGCCUCCUCUCCCUCUCGCCUAUGAAGUCAUCGCCGCCGCCGCCGCCCAUGCCGGCUGCUUCCGGCGCCUCCGGCGCAGCGCGGCACGCCCCAAGCUGCCGACGGUCCGCGCCUCCCUCCCCUCCACCCAGACUCUCUGCUCCCGGCCUCUACAGCCCGCUCGCAACCACACACCCAGGGCUAGGGUUUCGGGCAUGGCUUCGCCGGCGUGUCUCCGGUGGUCCCAGUUGGGGCACGCCAUGGGAGUUCCCCAUCCAUCACGGUCGCCGUUGUCAAGGGAUUCUUCAAGGAGAUGUCAAGGACGCCAUGGACAUGCAGCUCCUCAAGAUCAAUUAAGGAAUCAAUCUCAUGAUGGUUGAUGCUUGAUGCAGCGGAGGAUUGGGCCUCGCAUUAUUUUUUCCAGAAUUGGGUGUGGGUACUCUCUAAACUGGAUUGAGUGAGCUAAAUCUGUGCAUCAAAAUUGUAGUCUGUAGCUUUAUGUGUUACGUCUUAAGAUUGAACUUGAAGAUUGCUUUUGGGAGUAGUUUUAGUUGGUAGAUGUUUCAGGCUCCAAAUACGCACACAUUAUGUGCUUAAUGUGUGGCAUAAACAUGAUCAGUUUUAUGCUUAGAAACCAAACCACUGUCCACCCAUUUUAUUUCUUCAUGAGUAUUUUGUGUUGAAAUCAGAUCACCGUUCACCUGUUCUCGUACUGUUGUCUUUAACUUAUUUUGCCGAUUCUCAAUAAAAUGCUCAGUUCAGGAUGUGAUUUUCAGUUUUAGGCAUUUGAUACUUUUGGCACUGAGCAAAAAAAUUCC